AUGGCCUCUCCUUCGACAAUGCCCUCCAAACAACUACUAUCGACUCUAUUCAGCUCUCUCGGCAACUCACGCUGGACCCUGACCCGCACCCUCCGUAGCGACAACCCUCUCGAUCUAAACGGCGAGCUCCGCGGCACGGCCAGCUUCACCUUUCUGCCGCCAACGGCAACCUCGCCACACCGCGACUGGCUAUACUGCGAAGAAGGCGAGAUCCCAUCCACAGCCUCCGGCGCAGGUAUUGCCCAGGCAGGUCUACGGUGGACCAAGAAAUAUAUCUGGCGGCUAGGCGCGGAGACAGGCCGGAUAAGCGUGUGGUUCGUGAAAGUAGCGCCGGGCCCAGAGGAAGCGGACUAUCUGUUUCAUGACUUUGAUUUCUCGCUGAGCCAGCCGGCUGGCCAGGAGACAGCCGAAUUUGUCGCCCCACCUGCGCCUCCGCCUGUUAUUGCAGAAUGUGAAGAUACUGUCCUCGCGGCGCGCGGAAACCACUUGUGCAUUAAUGAUAUGUACCGCACCGCGUAUGCCUUUCGUGUUCGGCCGGAGACGGGCGAGGUGCUAAGCUGGGCAAGCCGGCAUGUCGUUCGGGGUCCGAAGAAGGACCAAGAGAUUGUCAAUCGGUACGAGCGGAGCGAUUUUCUACGUUGA